AUGGGCGCCCUUUACUUCCUCCUGCAUCCAAACCAGCUGCGCUCCAUCAUUCAGUGGAAACUCUGGCACAACCCCGUCCACAGGCGCGAUCCCUCUACGGAGUCUGAAACGCUGAAAGAGUGUUUCCGGUUCCUCAACUUGACCAGUCGCAGUUUCGCAGCCGUCAUCCAAGAACUUGACCAUGAGCUCCUCGUCCCAAUUAGUCUGUUCUAUCUCGUAUUGCGAGGUCUCGACACCAUCGAGGACGACAUGUCACUACCCUUGAGCGAAAAGGUGCCUUUGCUGCGCGACUUUCACAACACCAUGGAGAUUGACGGUUGGCAAUACCACCAAAGUCAGGAAAAGGACCGCGAGCUCUUGGAAAAGUUUGACGUUGUCAUCACCGAGCUAAAAAAGAUCAAACCAACUUACUAUGCAAUCAUCAAGGACAUUACCGUGAAGAUGGGCCGUGGCAUGGCUGACUACGCCCAAGACGACGAAAUGAUCAAGAAUGGCGUCGACACCAUUGAUGACUACGAGCUGUACUGCCACUAUGUCGCCGGUCUGGUGGGCGAGGGUCUGACCAGGCUGUUUGUCGCUUCAGAGUUGGGCAACCCCAAGCUGGCAGAGCGACCCUCCCUGACUGAGUCCAUGGGCCAGUUCCUCCAAAAGACCAACAUUAUCCGUGAUCUCCGAGAGGACUGGCACGAAGGCCGCCGAUGGUAUCCCAAGGAGAUCUGGAGCAGGCACGUGGACAAGUGGGAGGAUCUGUUUGACCCGGAGCACGAGGACAAGGCCCUGAAUUGCAUUUCCGACAUGGUUCUCGAUGCCUUGAAGCACUGUGAAGAGUGUCUCUUCUACAUGGCCGGCAUGCGCGAGCAAAGCGUCUUCAAUUUUGUUGCCAUUCCCCAAGGGAUGGCCAUUGCCACGCUGGAACUCGUCUUCCGCAACCCCGACGUGCUCAAGCGCAAUGUCAAGAUCACAAAGGGCGACGCCUGCCAGCUCAUGACUGAGUGCACACAAAACCUCUACACCGUAUGCGAGGUGUUCCGCAGAUAUGCCCGACGAAUCCAGAAGAAGAACGACCCCCGAGACCCCAACUACCUGAACAUCAGCGUGCGAUGCGCCAAGAUCGAACAGUUCAUCGAGACGCUGUACCCCCGCCAAGACCCCAAGCAGCUCAGCUUGGAGAGUAGCCAGCGACAAGGAAAAGAGCCAACCACGGACCCUGGCGAGACCUUGGUCAUGUUCGGUGUAGUUGCUCUCUGCCUCUUCCUUGUUUCCGGCCUGAUGAUUGGUGGCGCAUGGCUAUUAGGGGCCAAAUUCCCCAACAUCUUCAAGGAAGCGAGCAUUUUAGUUGAAAAGCUCAGCAAUCCCACGCCAGCAGCCACGACAGCCAUCACGACGGCCCGAGACGAACUGUAA